AUGAAUAAAUAUGCUGUUGAAGUAUCGGAUAAACAAUCUGAUGUAGAAAACUCGAUUGAUGCUUUUGUCUUAUUAUCAAAACGUAGUUUCAUACCAUUGCAUGGUGAUUAUCAAAUAAAGACAAGUUUUCCGGCACAAAUCACGUCGGAGAGCCGGGUGAUUGAUUGGAAUACAGCAGAAGAUGCAAUUGAAUGUGCACGAAUUGUUUCACAAUUGGCAAAUCUUUCUAAACUACCAGAAAACCUUUGGGUAUUACCAACAUUAUUUGCAGCUCAAGUCAAAGAUAAUGAUAAUACGACAUUUUAUAUUCGUGGUGGCCUUAAAGAUGCAUACAGCAAUGGAACUAUUAUUGGUUUACCCGAGCAUUUGACACCAGUUACAGCUUGUGCCUUGACAACUCGAAAUAUUUUGACACCUGAUAAAACAUUAUUUGAAAGUUUAGUUGUGUUAGAUGCACUGCCUCUCUUUAAGAUGUUUAUUCGUUGAAUCGAG